GUCAUAUGACGUAGCGUCGACAGUUCCCAUGAAAGGGAACCUUCAAACUUCAAGCUUUUAAAACUACUUCAAACUUUCUGGCUAGGUUUUUUCAAGACAACUUAACUUUUUAUCUAGUUUCAUUUGUGAUUCUGAUCUGCCUCCUAUUGAAUAUUUAAGAUCCGAAAUCUUUAUGGAGACACACAAGAAUGCCACCUCUAAAAUGAGCCUCUAUAAGGAGAGAGAGGAGGGGGAUGUUGUUCACUACCAGAACCAGAGAGCAGAAUCUCCAGAGCCCAGCUGUGUGUCUAUGAAGAGUGACGGAUCUAUGCGUCAUCCCCCUGAUCUCAGUGAUGGAACAGCGAACAUUGACUCUGUUAUCAGACAAAAGAAAAGUUCAGUAUCCAGCUGUGUGUCUAUGAAGAGUGACGGAUCUAUGCGUCAUCCCCCCGAUCUCAGUGAUGAGACCUUUAACACCAGUAUCAGACCAAAGGAAAGUCAGACAGCAUCAUGUUCAGUAUCCAGCUGUGUGUCUAUGAAGAGUGACGGAUCUAUGCGUCAUCCCCCUGAUCUCAGUGAUGAAGCAGUGACCACUGACUCUGUAACUAAAAUCUUUAUGAAGACACAGAAGAACACCAACUCUGAAAUGAGUCACUAUGAAAAGAGAGGGGAGGGAGAUUUUGUUCACUACCAGAACCAGAGAGCAGAAUCUCCAGAGCCCAGCUGUGUGUCUAUGAAGAGUGACGGAUCUAUGCGCCAUCCCCCUGAUCUCAGUGAUGGAACAGCGACCACUGACUCUGUAGAUGAUCAGUCUAAAAACCUGCAGCAGAUUUCUCACCAGCCAGUUGACGAUGAACUACAGAGAGUCAAAGACCUACACAAAACCAGCAUGAAGAAUAAGUAUGAGAGCUUAUUUGAGCCAGUCAAACUACAAGAUAAUCAAACCCUCUUGAACAGGAUCUACACACAGCUAUACAUCAUAGAGGGAGAGAGUGAAUGGGUUAAUGAUGAACAUGAGGUUUUACACAUUGAGAAAACACAUAGAACACAACACUCGCAAGACACUCCAAUCUACUGUAAUGACAUCUUUAAACCCUCAACUGAACCAGGAUGUGAGAAGAAAGACAAAAUAAAGGUUGUUCUUACUAAAGGCAUUGCUGGAAUUGGAAAAACCGUCUCUGUGCAAAAGUUCAUUCUGGACUGGGCUGAGGGAAAAGCCAAUCAAGAUGUAGAUUUCAUGUUUGUACUUCCUUUUAGAGAGCUAAACUUGAUUCAAGAUGAUCUGUACAGUCUUCACAGACUUCUGCUGGACUUUCAUCCUAAACUUCAAGAUCUGGACUCAAGGAUUUAUGAGGAGUGCAAAGUUGUGUUCAUUUUUGAUGGUCUGGAUGAAAGCAGAAUUACACUAAUGUUUUCAGACCGUGAGAGAGUUACUGAUGUGACUGAUACUUCAUCAGUAGGUGUGUUAAUGUCAAACCUAAUUAAAGGAGAGCUGCUUCCCUCUGCUCUCAUCUGGAUCACCACCAGACCAGCAGCAGCCAAUCAGAUCCCCUCCAAGUACAUCAACCGUGUAACAGAAAUUCAGGGAUUUGAUGAGCCUCAGAAGGAGGAAUAUUUUACUAAAAGAAUCAGUGAUGAAGAUCAAGCUAGCAGAAUCAUCUCCUACGUUAGAAGUGCAAGAAGCCUCCACAUCAUGUGUCACAUACCCGUCUUCUGUUGUAUUUCAGCCACUGUGCUUGAAAAAAUCCUGAAAGAAGAUGCAGAAAUACCUCAAACUCUGACUGAAAUGUACAUCCACUUCCUGCUCAUUCAGAUGAACAUGAAGAAUCAGAAGUAUGAGGAGAGAGAUACAGAAACACUUCUGCAGUCCAACAGAGAAGUGAUUGUGAAGCUAGCUGAACUGGCUUUCAAACAGCUGAUGAAGGGCAAUGUCAUGUUCUAUGAGGAGGAUCUGAGAGAGUGUUGCAUAGACAUCACUGACGCAUUGUAUUCUGGGAUUUGCACUGAGAUCUUUAAAGAGGAAUCUGUGCUUCAGCACAGAAAAGUAUACUGCUUCAUACAUCUGAGCUUUCAGGAGUUUCUAGCUGCUUUCUAUGUGUUUUACUCCCAUCUGAUGAAGAACAUGGAACCAUUGCAGUUGUUUCUGUGUGAAGAAUAUGAACAUUUUGAAAAUAAACGAGACAAGUCUAAGAGGAACACUUUGUGUGAGCUACUAACUUCAGCUGCCGACAAAACUCUUAAGAGUAAAAAUGGAAACCUGGAUCUUUUUCUGCGGUUCCUGCUGGGCAUCUCAUUGGAGUCCAAUCAGAAACUCUUACAGGAUUUACUGACACACACAGAGAACAGCUCAGAAACCAUCAGAGAAACUGCACAUUACAUUAAAGACAGAAUCAAUUGUUAUAAUCUCUCAGCUGAUAGAUCCAUCAGUUUGUUCCUCUGUCUGCUGGAAGUGAAUGAUCAGACUCUGUGCAGAGAGAUUCAGGACUUCGUAAAAUCAGACAAACAUUCAGACAAAAAACUCUCUCCUGUUCACUGCUCAGCAAUAGCCUACAUGAUUCAGAUGUCAGAGGAGCUGCUGGAUGAGUUUGAGCCUAUAAAAUAUAACACAUCAUAUGAGGGGAGAUGGAGACUGAUACCAGCUGUGAUGAACUGCAGAAAAGCUCUACUUGCUGGGUGUUGUCUCUCUGAUCAGCACUGUGAAACUGUGUGUUCAGCUCUACAAUCAUCAAAGUCCCAUCUGAGAGAGCUGGACAUGAGUAACAAUGACCUGCUGGUUAAGGGAGUGAGGCUGCUCUGUGCUGGACUGAAGAAUUCACACUGUCAACUGAACAUACUGAGACUUGCUGGAUGUCGUCUAUCUGAUCGGCACUGUGAAAAUUUGUCAUCAGCUCUACAAUCAUCAAACUCCUGUCUGAGAGAGCUGGACCUGAGCAACAAUGUAUUACAGUAUUCAGGAGUGAAGCUACUCUGUGAUGGACUGGAAAGUUCACACUGUCAACUAAACAUACUGAGACUUGCUGGAUGUUGUCUCUCUGAUCAGCACUGUGAAAGUUUGUCUUCAACUCUACAAUCCUCAAAGUCCCAUCUAAAAGAAAUGGACCUGAGUAACAAUGGCCUACAAGAUUCAGGAGUGAAGUUACUCUCUGAUGGACUGAAGAAUUCACACUGUCAACUGAAUAUUCUGAGAUUGGCAGGUUGCAGACUGACUGGUAAGGGUUGUAAAAGUUUGUCUUCAGUUCUACAAUCAUCAAACUCCCAUCUGACAGAGCUGGACCUAAGCAACAAUGACCUGCAGGAUUCAGGAGUCAAGUUGCUAUCUGAUGGACUGAAGAGUUCACACUCUCAACUAAACGUACUGAGAUUGGUCAUCUGUAAUCUCAUGGGCCAGUGCUGUGAAAGUUUGUCUUCAGCUCUACAGUCAUCAAACUCCUGUCUGAGAGAGCUGGACCUGAGUAACAAUGACCUUAAGGAUUUUGGAGUGAAGCUGCUUUCUGAUGGACUGAAAAGUUCACAUUGUCAACUGAACAUAUUGAGAUUGUCUGGCUGUAUGGUGACAGAGGAAGGCUGUUGUUAUGUGUCUUCAGCUCUGAGUUCAAACCCCUCACACCUGAGAGAGCUGGAUCUGAGCUACAAUCACCCAGGAGAAUCAGGAAUCAAGCUGCUGUCUGAUACACUGAACCAUCAAAACUACGCACUGGACAAACUCAAUGUGGAUCAUAAAGGAGAUUUCAGGAUUACAGCAGGACUACACAAAUAUGCCUGUGAUCUCACACUGGAUCCAAACACAGCAAACAUUCAUCUAAUUCUGUCUGAUGAGAACAGAAAGGUAACAUAUGUGGAAGAAAAACAGUUAUACCCUGAUCAUCCAGAAAGAUUUGAUGGGUGGCCUCAGGUUCUGUGUAGAGAGAGUCUGUCUGGACGCUGUUACUGGGAGGCUGAAUGGAGCGGAUAUGCUGUUAUGGCAGUGACAUAUAAAGGAAUCAGCAGGAAAGGAUGGAAUGAAUUCUCUGAGUUUGGAUACAAUAGAAACAAUAGAAACUCUUGGAGUCUAAUCUGUUCUGAAACUUUCACUGCCUGUCACGAUAAUAAGGAAACUGUCAUUCAUGUCCCUUCAUGCUCCUCUAAGAGAAUUGGAGUGUAUGUGGACUGGUCGGCUGGCACUCUUUCCUUCUAUAGCGUCUCUGACACACGCGCACUCACACACUUGCACACAUUCACCUCUGCAUUCACUGAGUCUCUUUAUGCUGGAUUUGGAGUUUAUCGAUUGAACUCCUCAGUGUCUCUGUGCACACAAACCUGACUGAGAGAUCAGAUUCCUUCUCACUUUAUAUCUGUAACACAUGCAUAUAAACUUACGUAAAUGUGAAGGCCUGUUUAUCUUCACACAAAAGCUGAUUUAUUUUUCAAAUAAUACAUGUACAUGAUAUAUUAUGUAAUGUGUAGCGCCUGGGCGCUAUCACCAUUUGGGGUCAGGAUGCCUGGAUAAGAACAUAAAAUUCCCUUCUCACUAGUGAUCAAAAGAAUGGCUCAAACAGGCUCCGAGACAUUCCACAGGAAAGAUUAAGACAGACACAUAAUGCCCAUAAAAUGGACUUCUCUCCAUUAAUUCAUAGACAAACCUUUCUAUGAAUGAACACACAGUAGGUAAUCAAACAAAAUGCCUAUUACUGCCACAUGUACCGCCACAGUAAGGCCGCAGCAUUCAAUGCAACCCAGUUACAUUUGAUAUGUUUUGAGUGAUUUAUAAUUAAAUAAUUAAUCACCAUUUAUCUUUCUAAAUAUUCAAUUAUUUGAAUGACUUCUUAAACUUAUGUUAAAGUAUUUAUUUUCCUUUUCAUCUUCAAACACUAGAGAAUAAUGAUGAAUAUUGUCUGUACCUCUCACUGAGAGAAAAGUACAACUUAUAAGUAUGUUUUGAGAAAUUUUCCUGUUUAUAGUUAAAGCUCGGGCCAAACUUCAACCUUGAAGAAGCUGUGAAUCAUGUGUAUAUUUGUAUGUGCACCAAGUGUUCUGUGCAGGUUCUUUAUGGUUGCUGGUGGACAACUGGCACUCUGCUUGAGACCUGCAGACACCUUGUCAUGAUCUAGAAGGACAUCCUGUGCCUAAAUCCAGGGUCCGAGCGUCAGAAUCGUGAUGGAUGGAGAUACAUUUCUGUCUAUCAGUCCAUGCAUGGAAAAUUACAAAUUUUGUCUAUUUUCCUUAGCCAAUCAGAAUCAGUUAACCUGAAGUAAUGAUGUAGUUAGUAGACUCUGUUAGACUAUAAUGGUUGUGGAAAUGGGAAUGUAUGCAGAGCGGCCUACAAACUCCUUGUGAAACUUGAAGCUGGCUUCUGCUGAUGAAACUGCAAAGUAUUCUUCAGUAAAAUUUUCUUUCAUUUAUUUUAA